CCGAAUCCAUUUCCCCUAAACUCCCUUGUAAAAGCACCCGUGCAUUCUCCGUUAUAAUACAAAUUGGGCUACAAGUGUUCCACCUAAAGUCCUACCGGUCGAUCUGCGUGUUUUUACCUUUAUUACUUUGCCAAAUCGAACAAACUAUUCUAGACCCGGUCUAGCAUAGUCUGACCGGUCAAGUAAUUUACACCAUCAUUUUUGGCGCCACCCGUGGGACCGUUAAGGUUUCUUCUCCUAAACACAAACCUACCCACCAAAACACCAUUCGAAAUGUCUUCCAGCCAACAAAUCAACGCUACUUCUGCUCAGGUGCAGGCCACCAACGAGGGAGCCAGUAUCCCUGUGGCUGCUACCAUACCGGUCAUUUCAGCCCCGGUGUUGCCUCUGGGUCUGAGCUCUGUCCCGACGGCCAGCGUGAUCAGUCCCUUCGUGACCCCCGUCCCUUCCGCUGGACCGAGGGUCACUCCUGAUGGUCAUUGCGUCUCGAUUGAGAGCGAUGACGGCGAGUGGGACAUCCCGAGGGCCCACAAGAAGAAGAAAGGAAAAAACAUCCGGCCAGCGACCUCCCGAAACUCCGCCUUCGAAAGGCUGGGGGAUAGGGAGGAAGGCCAGAGGAAGUCAGCCAAGCAGAGGCUGGGGCAGAGUGUUGCCCAUGUCAGCGCAUUCGCCCGGCUAGGCGAGGUGCGGGAGGCCGAGCCUGCCCGCACCCGGCGCUCCCGGUCUAACCGGCAGGAGCCAGCGAGGACGAGGGCCUCCCACCAGGAAGGGGAGGCAGAAAGCCAGCCCAGGUUACCGGUGGCGAACCGGUUAACCAUCCCAAACGACCGCGUCCAGCAGAUGGAGGCAAAGCUGGAAAGGCUGGAAAAGAAGGUCGGGGAGAAGAAUGACCGGGACAAACCCCUGGCAGGGUCCCCGUUCACCACAAGGGUCCAUCUGACACCUUUCCCGCGAAAGGUCAAGAUCGACGCCCCUAGAUUCACCGGGAAGGAAGAUCCGGAGAUCCACCUGGACUCCUUCAACCAGAGUGCGACCAUGAACGAUUGCACCGAUGAAGAAAAGUGCCUACUUUUCUUCCAGACCUUGCGGAACCGAGCCACUGAAUGGUUCAAUAAGCUUCGCCCGGGAAGCAUUGACUCGUUUAGUGAUUUGGCCUCAAAAUUCAAGGCCAAGUUCCAGGAGAAUUGUACUAAGAGGAAGAAGUUCACCUAUCUUAGUACAACCGGGCAGAGGGAGUCUGAGAACCUCACUCAGUUCCUUACCCGGUGGAAGGAAGAGGUAGACAAGGUGGAAGAGAUGGAUGACAAGACCGUCCUCUCCCUCCUCUCUAAUGGCUUGCGUGCUGGGGAACUAUACAAGGAGUUCUGCCGGAAACCCCCAGCCACGUACCAAGAGGCCUACCAUACUGCAUGGGAGUUUGCUGAAGCUGAAACCCAGCUCCGGGCAAAGAGAGAAGCUGAACAUGGUCACAAGCCCAAGCCGGUGCAAGUCAAGAAGGAAGAAGCACCGGGACCUAGCCGGCCGAGGCACCACUAUGACCCGGUCAUCCGAGUGGUCAAUACAGAAGAAUCCCAAGAAGUCCGGAAAGCACCGGUCAUUCCUCCAGAAAACCCUACCGGUCAAGUAGGGCGGCAGUGGUCGGGCACCUAUUGUUCGUACCACAGGUCUGAUUCCCAUAACACCUCCGAAUGCAAGAGCGUUAAAGGGGUCAUCCGGCAGAUGAUCGAUAGUGGAGAGCUGGGCAAAGAUUACUUGCAGAAAGCCCAGGAGAAGAGUCAUCAGUGGGUUAGGCCAACUGCCCCAGGGAAUGAUCGAGACAAUGACCGGCGGAGGAAUAACCGGCCAAGGGAGCGGCAACCUGCCCCCGAAAAAGAACACAUCGGCAUGAUCUUCGGCGGACCCGAGGGUGGUGAUUCAGCCGCGCAGCGGAAGAACUGGGUCCGGAGCAUUUACGCGGGAGAAGUAAGUGCUGAACCGCCCAGGCGUAAACAUACUAGGAGGGAGCCAAUCGUCUUUACUGACCGAGAUCUCCCUCCUACCGGUGAAGAUCACAAUGAUCCAUUGGUCAUCACCAUGGACAUUAAUGGGGUAGAUGUCGCCCGGGCUUCACGGGGGACACCGUUGAAGCUGAAGGAUCCAUAGUUCUACCGGUCGAACUAGGAUCAGGUGAAAAGACCGUGUGGAAGAAGAUGCGGUUCAUAGUUGUGGACAUCAAAUGCGUCCACAACGCAAUUCUAGGAAGGCCAGGCAUCAAUAAAGUCGGGGCGGUGAU